AAAGAUAUGCAGACAGAAAAUUCAGACAGCAGACAGUACCCGACGCUAUUCAGCUGGGAGGACCUAACGGAGAUAAUCUCUAGCGGGUGUGUCAUCAUCACUUUAAUUUAUGACUAUCUAAACGUCCACAGCGAUUUAGGUAAACUACGUCGGCAUCCAGAUCACCAGGAGGCGUACGACCAGUGGCGUUCAAAGAUUAUCGCCGCCCACGGCUCUAUACCACAAUAUCUUCUCAAAGAACGUUUAGGCUGGGUGAUGUCUGACCAGACACCACCUCCUACACCCCCACCACAAGUUGCAAAUCAACCAAAGUACUUUACACGCGAUAUACCAGACAAACUGCAUAAAUUACUCAACAACGAUUGGGGAUACGCUGUGCCACACAACGUCGAACACUGGGUUUGCUGGUCACGGAUACCACUCAUACACCAGGACUUAUACACUAGCGAUGUUGGCUAUCAGAACGCGCUAUCUAAUGGUCUAUACGGCUUCACAAAUUCAGACAAUCUAGAUGGCGCCCAAGAGAUACAAAACUGGAUUAUCAAGAAAUUCGGCAAAGACACAACUGCAGCAUACUUCCUGAACCCACCACAUUUACAAUCAGUUAAAGAAGUUCAACAUUUUCAUAUAUUUGUAAAAAGGUAA